AGAGGGCGUUAAUGUUGUUGAAAUCGAAGUGAUAAGAGGCAAAACAUUUUAUUUCCUUCUAUUGGCACAUUGCUCGUCGUUUCUAGAAGAUCCAAUCUUGUGGCCAUCGGAAGCCUACAUUUUCCACUAUUUGUUCCCCAAUCUAUACAAAAAUGACUCGUGGCAAUCAGCGUGAACUCGCACGCCUAAAAAACCAAAAGAAACAAACCGAAUCAAAUAAAGGUAAAAAGAACGAUGGCCUCACACUGGAGCAACGAAAACAAAGGGAUGCCGAACUAAUGAGGGAAAAACAGAAAAAGAAAGAGGAAGCGAAACAACAAACAGCAAAGUAACUAAAACUAGUUUCCUUGAAAGUUAAUCUAAAAAUUUUGUAUAUUGUGUAAUUUAAUUUUGACAUAAACGUGGAAGGUGAGUGCAAGAUUAAAACAAUUAAUUCAAUCUAACUUUUCACAUGCACCGUAAAAGUUAGAAUACAAUAAUUUAUCAUGGGGACCUCAAACUUCCACCAGGAUAAUUCUAAUUUACAGAAUUAUUGUGUAAAUGAUUAUGUUCAAUUUUAUUGUAACAUUACAUUUAAUGUUCUGUAUUUGUAAUAACUAAUUUUUAAUAAAAUACAUUAAAAAUA